AUGGCCGAUUCUUCAAUCUCAAGCAACAAAUCCGCGAAGAAAAGAAAAGUUAGAGAAGAUGAAUCAGCCCCAAAUGACGAUGAUCGAGAAAGAUCAAACUCAAUCGUCUCAUCUGUGCGAUCAUCAGGACCAGCACGAAACAAGCCUCCCAAGUCAACUGCGCAACUAUUCAUUGAUUCGAUGAACUCUAUGCAAGACAAAUUCAUGAAUCAAAUCAAAGCCGAACAGACUGCAUCAACAUCAGGAAAUGUUACCAGAUCCUUAGAUUAUUUAGUAUUGGCUGUUCGCGUGAUACGGAAAAUGAAGAAUAUAGAUAGGGGUUUUUUGUUCAAAGCACUAGAUUUGUUCAAAGACCAGCCUCAAACUGCUAAGAUAUUUGUCAUUCUUGAAAGCGAAGAAUUGAGAAUUGGAUGGCUGAAGUAUCAGUUUGAAAAACUUUGUACAUCUUUGAUGCAACCAUAUCCAAUUGCUCGUCCCUGGUAUCAACACACAAGUGCGCCACAGGAGUUCCGUCAUAAGUAUAGUCUGCUCCUCCCCGCUCGACCAAAUACCGCUCCAAAAUCGAAGAUACUGUUGAAAUCGUGA